UCCCUAUCAUGUGCAUGACAGCUCAGAGGAGAGCAGGAGGACCACGACGCGCAGGGACAGUCCUCAAUCUCCCACCUUAUUUUUGUCAGCUAGUAACAUUCAUAUACACUGAGAGGAAAAGCUGUGUAUGUUUUGAAAUAUUGGCGAGCAUCGGUUGACAGCGCUCUCGCUCGGAGGAUUCAUCCCGGGAUAUUGAAUGGAAGCGGCGGCUGAAGGGGCGGCCAGCCUGUCUGAGGCCGGGGAUGGGAGUCCGUUAUCCGGGGCAGCAGCAUCCGAGGACGCGGGGACGGGGGACGGCAUGGACUGGGACUCUACAUCGAAAAAGGCUUUCAUAACAGAGAUGCCUUCAUCGUCAGGCCAGCCAGCCCAUGGGAAGAAGAUUGGACACAGAGGAGUGGACGCUUCUGGAGAAACCACGUAUAAGAAGACCACAUCUUCAGCACUCAAGGGGGCCAUUCAGCUAGGGAUUGGCUACACGGUUGGCAACUUGAGUUCCAAGCCUGAGCGGGAUGUCCUCAUGCAGGAUUUCUAUGUGGUGGAGAGCAUCUUCUUUCCCAGUGAAGGGAGCAACUUGACGCCAGCCCAUCAUUUCCCAGACUUCCGUUUCAAAACCUAUGCUCCCGUCGCCUUUCGUUACUUCAGAGAGCUCUUCGGGAUACGGCCGGAUGACUAUUUGUAUUCGCUCUGUAACGAACCACUGAUCGAGUUGUCCAAUCCUGGAGCCAGUGGCUCAGUCUUUUACGUCACGAAGGAUGAUGAGUUCAUCAUUAAGACAGUCUUGCACAAGGAGGCAGAGUUUUUGCAGAAGCUUCUUCCUGGAUAUUACAUGAACUUGAAUCAGAAUCCUCGCACCUUAUUGCCCAAGUUCUUCGGGCUGUACUGCAUACAAUCAGGUGGGAAGAACAUUCGGAUGGUGGUCAUGAACAAUGUUCUGCCCAGGGUGGUGCGCAUGCACCUCAAAUACGACCUGAAGGGGUCCACGUACAAGCGACGGGCCUCUAAAAAAGAGCGGGAAAAGGCGAAGCCCACUUUCAAAGACCUUGAUUUCAUGCAGGACAUACAAGAGGGUCUCAUGCUGGACACAGACACGUACAGUGCCCUGGUCAAGACGUUACAGAGAGACUGUUUGGUCUUGGAAAGCUUUAAGAUUAUGGAUUAUAGUUUGCUGCUGGGAGUUCACAACAUCGAUCAGGCGGAGAAAGAGCAGCAGAUGGAGGGAUCUCAGGGCAACAGUGAUGAAAAGAGGCCGCUGGCACAGAAAGCGCUCUACUCCACUGCCAUGGAGUCCAUUCAGGGAGCGUCGGCCUGUGGAGAAGAGAUUGACACUGAGGACACGAUGGGCGGUAUUCCUGCAGUCAAUGGAAAAGGAGAGCGUCUGUUACUCUACAUUGGAAUAAUCGACAUCUUGCAGUCUUACAGGUUAAUAAAGAAAUUGGAGCAUACGUGGAAGGCUCUAGUCCAUGAUGGGGACACAGUGUCUGUUCACAGACCGUCUUUCUAUGCAGACAGGUUCUUCAGAUUCAUGAGCACUACUGUAUUCAGAAAGACUUCCUCACUGAAAUCCUCUCCGUCAAAGAGGGGUCGUGGGGGUCUGGCUGCAGCCAAAUACAGCGGUCCCGGGGCGGCUUGGUCGGCCAGCCAGCUGCCAUUUGUAAGAGACGAAAACAUCUACGACUUGAGAGGAGCCCGAAGCUUUCCCACGCUGGAAGACGAUGGUCGGGCAGAUGUACUUCCCUGCACCCCUCCCUCGUUUGAGGAGGCCACCACAGCCUCCAUCGCCACCACGCUCUCCUCCACCACCUCCCUUUCCAUCCCAGAACGCUCCCCGUCGGACACCUCUGAACACCCGCGCUACAGGAGACACACCCAGUCCAGCCAUGAAGAAACAAUGCAGGAUGAGGACCAGCAAACCAUCACAGUGGAGGUGGAAGUGGAGGGACGAUAUGACAGUGAACCCACCCUCGCGGCUCCCCAGGUAUCGCCGGAGAUCAGUGAAGCUGCAGGGACGUUUCUAGAAGCCUCGUCCUCCUCCGUCCCGGCGAGCCCCAGGAUAGUGGUAGAAUCUGACGGCGGCAGUCAGGCCUCAGGCUGUACAAGCCGAGCCUCUGUGGAUGAGGAUGAGGAUGUGCCAAUUACAGACAUUUAUUUUCCUCCAGAAGACAAGAGCUGGGUAUAUUCUCCUCUGCACUUCAGCUCAGGGCCUAAAACCCUGCCAGAGGAUGAAGGGGAGAGUGAAACAUAAUCAGACCUCGGGAAAGAGGGGCAGCUACAAAGGUUCGGAAUCUUCAGAUGUCCGGAAGCUCUACUGGUCGGACUUUUUCGCAACUUAAGCAUUUUCAUCGUCCUUUCACCCAUUCCAUAACACCAAGCAAGUAGUAAUACCAAUGUCCAGACUUAUUUAUGAGUAAUAAUGAAAAUAUUUAUGUUUAAUUAUUUUUUGAUUGUUUUGUUUCAUUUAUUGGCUAAUUUACAUACUGUGAACGUAUUUUCCGAUUUGAGCUCUGGGACUCAAGACUUUUCCCAAGAGUGGGUUGUAGGUUAUUAUUUAAAAAAAAUUUUUAGGGGAUUAUUUUUAGUUGUUAAUGCGGCUUGGUUAUCAGGUAGCAUUGUUUGUUUCGUAACUUUUGAAAAAUUAAAGUUCUGUCGCAGACCUUCGAUAUACACAAACAUGGUUUGCUUUAUUUUUAUUGGUUCUUCAAAAAAAUUUUAAGCCAGCAAUAGUGUUCAGUGUUUCAGAGUUAUGAAUUUCCAA